CAUUCCCUCCCGCCCCUAACGCCACUUCCGUCUUUGGGAGCGCUCCAAAAUUGAAGAAAAGGCGGUAUCUUGCUGCGCGGCGAUUGGCUGCUACACGGUUCCCCAAAAUGCUCGUGACCUCGUGCGUGGCCCUCACGUUGCGUGACCUCCUGGAGUGGUCCUUCUCUUGCGUCAGCGCGCAGUCAGGAGUGUCAUGCCGUUUCCAAUGUGUGCUCCUCUGUGAGGGCCUUUGACGAAGACUCACUGCAUCCAUUGACUCCGCGGGAAAUCUGAGGUCACAAGUUUGGCUGAUGCACAUGAGCCCAACAAAGAAGAUGGUUUUGCCCUCCUGAAACAAAGCCAGAGACUUGAUCCCUUCAUUGUGCACUUUGGACCAUGUGCUAACGAUGAGGAUUUUUCUAAUACUAAUCCCUCUAAUGACAGCUUCUCCCAGCCCUUACACAAACCCCACAAGGCCUCGUGGCUUGGCAAGCCAGAGAGAAUAAAGGCAGCACGGCAUUUGGCUUUUGAACUGAGUUCAAGGCAAUUAAAGUCAAGGGAUAAGGAGGGAAGGAGGGAGGCAUAGAAAUGCCAGCAUAAUAAGCAGUAUGACUGGAGCACUCUGCAAAUUAACUCAAUUAGACAAAGCUUGAUUUAACGGGGAAGAUGGUGAGAAGCACUGCCCUCAUUAAAUUUGCCUGUUAGAGGUGCUCCUAAUGAAAUUAAAUUUGUGUUAGUUGUUUGAGCCACGUAAAAUAGUGUCUGCAUGUGCCUGUACACAUGUGCACAUGUGAAGGUAGGUGAUUUUUUUUUAGGAGAGGGAUAGAAUGAAAAAAUACAUUUAGUGUAAAAAGACAGUAGAUUCUCAGGAACUCAAGAGUGGAAGACUAGGAGAUAGACGAGCUGUUAAGAAGAGACUGCAAAGGGAGAGUUCUUGCAACCACCCAGCCAUGAGUCUCGUCCAGUUGUGGAUUCUGUUCACUUGCCUGACCUGUGGAAUCCUGCCUGGAGCCUGGGCUCAAUUCCCCCGGGUCUGCAUGACCCUGGAGAGCCUGGUGAACAAGGUGUGCUGCCCGCCCCUGGGUGCUGAGCCCUCCAACAUCUGUGGAUCGCAGGAGGGCCGGGGGCAGUGCACAGAGGUGCAAACUGACACCAGGCCCUGGAGUGGUCCUUAUAUCCUACGAAACCAGGAUGACCGUGAGCAGUGGCCAAGAAAAUUCUUCAACCGAACCUGCAAGUGCACAGGAAACUUUGCUGGCUACCAUUGUGGAGACUGCAGGUUUGGCUGGACCGGCCCCAAUUGUAAUCAGAAGAAACAGGCAGUUGUUCGGCGGAACAUCCAUUCCCUGUCUGAUCGGGAGAGAGCGCAGUUCCUGGACGCCUUAGACCUGGCCAAGAAGAGCCCGCACCCCGACUACGUGAUUGCCACUCAGCACUGGCUGGGCCUCCUUGGGCCCAAUGGCACCCAGCCUCAGAUCGCCAACUGCAGCAUUUACGACUUUUUUGUGUGGCUGCAUUAUUAUUCUGUUAGAGACACAUUAUUAGGACCAGGGCGUCCUUACAAGGCUAUAGACUUUUCCCACCAAGGGCCUGCCUUUGUUACUUGGCACCGGUACCACUUGAUGUGGCUGGAAAGAGAUCUCCAGCGCCUCACAGGCAAUGACUCCUUCGCUUUGCCCUACUGGAACUUUGCCACCGGAAGGAAUGAGUGUGAUGUGUGCACAGAUCAGCUGCUUGGGGCAGCGAGACAAGAUGAUCCAAGCCUGAUUAGUCAGAACUCCCGGUUCUCCAGCUGGGAGAUUGUCUGUGACAGUUUGGAUGACUACAACCGCCGGGUCACCUUGUGCAAUGGAACCUAUGAAGGCUUGCUGAGAAGAAAUCAAGUGGGAAGAAACAAUGAGACGCUGCCCACCUUAAAAAACAUUCAGGAUUGCCUGUCUCUGCAGACCUUUGACAAUCCUCCUUUCUUCCUGAACUCGACCUUCAGCUUCAGGAAUGCUCUGGAAGGUUUUGAUAAAGGAGACGGCACCCUGGACUCUCAAGUGAGGAGCCUGCAUAACUUGGUUCACUCUUUCCUGAACGGGACAAGUGCUUUGCCACAUUCUGCUGCCAAUGAUCCUAUUUUUGUGGUCCUUCACUCCUUCACUGAUGCCAUCUUCGAUGAGUGGAUGAGAAGAUAUAAUCCUCCUGUAGAAGCCUGGCCUCAGGAGCUGGCACCCAUUGGCCACAACCGCCUGUACAACAUGGUGCCCUUCUUCCCUCCAGUGACAAAUGAAGAGCUCUUUGUAACCACAGACCAGCUCGGCUACACCUACGCCAUAGAUCUGCCAGUUGAAGAAACUCCAGCGUGGACCACAACCUUCUCAGUGGUUUUGGGGAUGCUGGUGGCUUUGGUCGCUCUGUUUGCGCUGCUGUUUUUCCUUCAGUAUAGAAGGAUCCGGAGAGGUUACGCACCGCUGGUGGAGACACAUCUAAGCAACAAAAGAUACACGGAAGAAGCCUAGGGUGUCCGUGGCUGAUCCAGAGAAGAGGCCAGCCAGCUGCGAGGCUCACCAGGACAGCAAUUAAGCUCAUCUGAACUGUGACAAUAAUCUGUUUCUCUGUAUUCUUCUGUAGUUGAAAAACUUUGUGGUACUUAUGACCCCAGAGAGAGAAUGCUUAACUGUA